AUGGCUGACAAGCCCAGAACUAGAACUCGCGAUGAAUACACGGUGGGAUGGAUUUGCGCAUUGCCCAAAGAGCAGGUAGCGGCGAUUGCUAUGCUGGAUGAUGAGCACCCAGAUAUCCCCAAGUUACCGAACGAUUACAACACAUAUACCCUAGGAUCUAUCGGUGGCUACAAUGUUGCCAUUACCUGUUUACCGAAAGGUACCGUAGGUACCAACUCAGCAGCAACGGCCGCGGCUCAGAUGGUCAAUACAUUUCCGUGUAUCAAAAUUGGCCUUAUGGUUGGAAUUGGCGGUGGUAUUCCCUCAAAGGUUAGAUUGGGUGAUGUUGUAGUGAGUGUGCCAACUGAUGAGCAUCCUGGAGUGGUGCAGUGGGAUUUUGGUAAGGCAGAAGAAGGUGGCAAGUUCAGAAGAACCGGUGCUUUGAAUAGACCACCACGUGCUUUACUCACCGCAGUUUCAACAAUGGAGUCCAAAGUUGAAAUGCUUGGGUCUAGAAUACCUCAAUACCUCGAAGAUAUGAAGACCAAGUUUCCAAAUUUACACCCCAAGUACACACAGUCUAGCCAACUCAAAGACCCGCUGGUCUCUUCAGAUACCUCCUCAGACAGCUAUAGGACAUGGCAUGUUAUAUUCUCAAUGAUAUAUCACAUGAUCCUUGCUUUCCUCGGAUACCACCUCGGUCGAGGGACUUUUGACACUACCAACGACGGGACUAUGCAAGCCAGAAACAAUGCCUCAAUUGUUGCAGAUAUUGAUCAAGGCCAAAAGAGUCCGACGGACGUACACGUUCACUAUGGCCUUAUUGCAUCUGGCAAUUCAGUAAUCAAAGAUGCGGCAUUUCGCGACAGUAUUGAUGAGCGUCUCGGGGGAAACGUCUUGUGCGUCGAAAUGGAGGCAGCUGGGCUGAUAAAUGAUUUCCCUUGUAUCGUCAUCAGAGGUAUCUGCGAUUAUGCUGACUCGCGCAAAAGCAAAGACUGGCAGGAAUAUGCGGCUUCUAUAGCCGCAGGAUGUGCUAAAGAGCUUCUACAGUAUGUACAGCAAGCGGACGUUGAUAGGGAAGUUCCAAUGAAGGAUAUAUUGCCUAAGAUACUGGAGACUGUGUCAAAAAUUGGUUCCAAUGUACAACAUCUAAAGUCCAGGCUGGAUAGAGACGAGGAUAUGGCCAUCGUAAACUGGCUCGCAUCGAACAACUCCGGCCGCCAAUACAGCGAUUUCAUUAGCAGGCGACAACCGGAAACUGGUAAAUGGUUCUUAGAUUCAACAGAAUACCAGAAGUGGCUGAGCGCGCCUAACCAGACGUUGUUCUGCCCGGGCAUCCCUGGCUCAGGGAAAACUAUCCUAGCUUCAAUAGUGAUUGAGAAUAUCCUCGAAAAGGCUGCAAAAACAGAUAAUAUUGGAGUUGCAUAUGUUUACUUCAACUUUCGACGCACUGGCGAGCAGUCGCUUAAUAAUAUUUUAAGGGGUUUGCUAAGACAGUUAGUCCAGAGUCAAUCUUCUUUACACCCCGAGGUGAAAUCUCUCUAUGAUCGAGAACAAGGAAACGGGACAUCACCUUCGCUAGAAGAUAUUUCAGCCGCUAUCAGAUCCGUCUCAUUAUUAUAUUCGCAAGUCUUUAUUGUUAUAGAUGCCCUUGAUGAAUGUCAAACUGGAGACGGAUACCUAUCAUUAUUCCUAGCUCGGAUGUUUAGUUUGCAGGUCGACACCGGGCUAAACCUUUUUAUAACUUCACGAUAUGACCCAGAGAUCCAGGGAUAUUUCACGGGAUGCAUCUCCCGUGAGAUUAUUGCCAAUGAAGAGGAUGUACGCAAAUACAUCAAUGGCAACAUAUACAAGCUUCCCAGGUUCAUUAGCAAGAGCCCGGGUCUAUUGGAGGAAAUCGAGCGUGAUAUUAUUUCCGCUGUAAAGGGAAUGUUUCUUUUGGCACAACUAUACGUUGACUCACUUAUGGACAAGAUUUCGGUGGCAGAUAUAAAAAAUGCCUUAAAGAAUCUCAAGAUGAGAGCCCGCCAAGAAGGAGGGGAAGUAGAGAGUCGCGGAGUAAUCAACAAGGCAUAUGAUGAAGCAAUGCAGAGGAUUGAUGGCCAAAUGGAAGGCCAUCGAAUCCUUGGUAGGAAGGUUCUCUUAUGGAUCGCUUCCGCGAAACGGCCCCUCAAGAUAACAGAACUUCAACAUGCUCUCGCAGUAAAGGCCAGCAACACCGAACUCGACAGGGACAACAUUAUAGAGAUCGAACUUAUAGUGUCGGAAUACUUUGAAGGGCGCCGAGGAGAAUUAUUCUCAAACGAAAAAAAUCAUGUUGCGACUACAUGUCUCACAUACCUCUCAUUCGAUGUCUUCGCAAGCGGGCCUUGCAGUCCAUUCGAUUACCGGGAGCGAUUGGAGUCAAAUCCAUUUUACGAUUAUGCCGCGAACAAUUGGGGAUGGCAUAUAGAUGAAGAAGCUUCCGUAAACGAGCAGGAAAUUCUCAGGUUUCUUGGCGAUGAUGCUAAAGCCUCCGCCUCCGCCCAGGCCAUAAUCAAGAGUGAUUAUAACUAUAUCAGCGAUAUUAGUACACCUCUACACGAAUGGACGAAACCUGACGGAGUGUCGGGACUGCACCUUGCUGCAUGGUUUGGGUUAAAAAAUGUGGUUUUGAUCCUGUUAAAGAAUGGGCAUAAUCCAAUGGCCGAGGACGCAUUAAAGCGUACUCCUUUACAGUGGGCAGCAGUGAGAGGUCAUCAGCCGGUAGUGGAUCAACUACUAGAGACAGGAAGCAUUAAACCCGACCCUCCAGUGCGGGUAAGGUGGAAUAGAGAAGAGCGUUCCGAUGCAGACUCUCUAGGCCCGAAAUCAAAAGUUACCUUGUCGCAAGGGUUGGGAGAAGUUUGGAACCUGGACAUUAAUAAGCGCUUAAGUGGUAUUAAGGUACGCCGUCCGCAAGGGUUAUCUAUUAGAAACCCAAAUACUACGUAA